AUAAUUUGCCCUAUGUGGUCCUAUUCUGCCCUUUUAGGGUAACUAUCAUACUGUAUUAUGAAUUAGAUGGACAUUUUGUGAACUGGAGCUAAUAUGAGUCAUAAAAAUAUAGAAGUUUCAUCCUUUUCAUUAGUUUUGAGCAGUUAGGAUUUUUAAGUUGAUUGGGUUGUUAAGGAAACUGGAAAUAAAAUAAAAACGAGGAAGCACUUUGACCUUUUACAAGUGAUAAGGAACAUCAAUAAGCAGCAAUGAUGUGAUAAAAUUUGUCAAACUUAACAACAAGCCAUCUGAAACUCAGCCAAUUUUACUCAUCAGAAAUAAAAGAUAAGAUUGAUUUUAAAAUGCUCAUUAAUAAUAUAUUUUUAUACUCGAGAGUUAUUUUGAGGAGGGCUACAUUGUUUAAAACUGUAUUUCCUAGAAAUAUGUCAACUUCCGAAGAAGAUGUUUUGUUUAAUGUGAAAAACAAUAAGGGCAUAAUUAUCUUAAACAGACCUAAAGCUUUAAAUGCCUUAAACUUAUCCAUGGUUGAAAAAAUUCAUCCUAAAUUAUUAGAAUGGGAGAAAGAUAAAGAUUUCGUAUUAAUUAAAGGUAUGGGUGAUAAAGCAUUUUGUUCAGGGGGUGAUGUACGUGCAGUUAUUGUUGCGGGGCUAAAGGGAGACAAACUCGGACAUACCUUUUUCCGAAAGGAAUAUACUUUGAAUGGUUUAAUUGGUUCUUACAAAAUUCCAUAUAUUGCUCUCAUUGAUGGUAUUGUAAUGGGCGGUGGAGUGGGUUUAUCAAUUCAUGGGAAAUACAGGGUUGCAACAGAAAGGACUAUCUUUGCCAUGCCUGAGACUAUGAUAGGAUUUUUUUCUGAUGUUGGGGGUUCUUACUUCUUACCAAGAAUGAAAGGAAAAUUGGGAUGGUACUUGGCUAUAACAGGGCAUCGUCUGAAAGGUUCUGAUGUCUUAAAAGCUGGAAUUGCAACUCAUUAUUGUGAAAGUACAAAAUUAACAGAUCUUGAGAAUGAUCUUUUAUCAAAUGGUUCUGAUGAGAAAAAAGUGGAGAACAUACUCAGCAAAUUUUCCACCGAUGAGAAAAAACUGCCUGAAUUUUCAUUAAAUCCUUUUAUGGACAAAAUUAAUCACUGUUUUGGAGCACCUUCUGUAGAAGAAGUUAUUAAAAGGCUUCAAGCAGAUGGUUCAGACUGGGCAAAACAAACACUUAAAGUUUUGUCAGAAGUUUCUCCAACAAGUGUUAAGGUAAUAUUUAAAAUAUUAGAAUUGGGUGCCACAAAGGAUUUAAAAGACUGUUUGGAAAUGGAAUAUCAAGUAGCAAGUGGUUGUUUAGCAAACCACGACUUUUAUGAAGGUGUGAGAGCACUGUUAAUUGACAAAGAUAAAAAUCCUAAAUGGAAACCAAAAACUUAUGAAGAAGUUACACAAGAAAUUGUAGAAAAGCAUUUUAGUUCCUCAACAAAUCAUGAAGGACCGAGAAACAAACUGUGAUAAAUGAACAAAUGAGCAAUUCAUUUUUGUAAGGUGUAGUGAUAUGCUUUAUACAUAUUUUACAAAUAUUCUUCUGAGGUGAAAGAAAACGGUUGUAUUAUUAUAUUGUUAUUAUUUAGUAUACCUGGAAAGAAAUUA